GUUGGGAAGGAGUGAGUGAUUGGCUGACAGACGAUGAGAGGGUCGACACAAACACUGAACCAUACAUUGAGUGCAUUGUAUGACUGAUCCCAAGACAGACCACAUUCGCCACACUAUUAUCACCAGAAAUGGGCGACAAAGACGUGUCCAGUGAAUACAUGCGAGACGUGAACCAACAGCUGGAGUGGACUGAGUUGAGGGAGAAGUUGCACGACAUUAGUGUCCAAAACGACAACAAUUUCGUCAAUAAGAUCGUGUCGAAGACCAAAGAGAAUCCAUUGGUUCCCAUCGGCAUCUGUGCGACCACUUUCUGUCUGACGUAUGGACUGAUAGCUAUGCGAAGGGGAGACUCCCGUAAGCAGCAGCUGAUGAUGAGGGGCCGGGUGUUGGCGCAGGGCUUCACUGUUAUGGCACUC